AAACUUUUAUCAGUUUGGAGGUCAGCAAGGCCCCAUCAUUAUCAGACAACAUUGGCAACCCGACGGAAUGUUUUUCCAGACGGCACCUCAGCCAACUAUCGCUGCGCAACCGGCACUUCAACCAGUGCCUCCCCUUACUGCUGCCAUUAAACCUAGAGCAGAGACUCCAUCAAAAGCAAGCGGAACCCGCCCAUUAUCAACGAUAUUGCCUUCAUCAUCGGGAGCGUCGACAGCACCAACACUGAUUCGGCCAGCCUUGUCCAUGUCCAAUCAAACAUUUGCAGGCGGAGUGGUCACAAAUGCUCAAACUGGCAACCCUAGACCUGCCGGUAAGACCAAGAAAGUUGGACGGCCUCCACAAAAUCAACAGCGACCAGUGGCACCGUCAGUCGUGCAAGGCCAGCAAGCUCUUUUACAGCCGGUACAGCAGCAACAACAGCAACAACAACAUCAACAGCCGCAUAUUCAGUUCCAACAGCAACAACAGAAUCAACAACUGCAUGCCGUAUCUCAGCAACUCAUUGCUCAACAUUUAAGAAAUUCUGUUGAUUGUUGCCUAUAUGUUAAACCAUGUUAAAGCAUCGAUCCAAUAGUUUCAGAUGCAGCAGCAUCUGUUCCAAAUUCAGCAGUAUCAACAGUAACAACAGCCGACACUAAUGUCACUUCCGGCUUUCCAGCAAGUGGCUCAGCAAACGCUGGAUACCAAUCAACAAGCCCAACUGCAGCAAGCUAUCGUUUUGGAUACCCAUCGUUGGCCUUCACAUCGGAGGGCGGAAAUAGGCGCGGCGAUCUUGGAUUCAGUGGUUGUGUUUUUUCUUUUUUUCAAAGUGAAUGCUGUGAGUGCGUGAGUGUGUGUGUGAGUGCAAAGUGAAAACACUGUGUGUUUCCGACAACAACAAUCAAAAGAAAUGGUGAAGAAGAACUCUGUUUUUUUUUCUGAUAAGGUAAGUUUUCCUUAUAUUUAUUACUUCUUUUAUCCUUCAAUUACUUCUGACCGGUCUGUACCCUUACAAAUUUCAAUUUCGAUCAUUCUCUUUGUUUUCUUACAAUUUCUUGUAAACUUAGUGGCAAAUUUUUUACAUUGAAUUAUUUAAAUCAAAAUAAUAUUUACAUUUUGUUUAUCACGAAGUUUGUUUGUUCGUCGAUGUUGUCUACCAUGGUUUGUUUAUUGGUAGAGAACAUACUUAGAUGCAGCUAGUUUUGCCUUGUGUUUCGUAUUGCCCUCCCCCCUGUAGACUUCUCCGUCGAUGGUUAUAUUGCAUAUGAAACACGGGCGAUUUCGUCUCC